UGUUGCCAGCAGUGGAAAGGAGGGGAGCUCUUCUUCUCAGCUGGUUCCAGCACACUUCCAGCUGGGGCUCAGAGGACCAGCCUCUCCCACUGUCUCCUGAGCCCAAUCCUUCUUGACCAUCACCUCCUUCCUGCCCUAUGGCGGCUCUCACAGACCUCUCCUUUAUGUACCGCUGGUUCAAGAACUGCAAUCUUGUCCGCAACCUCUCAGACAAGUACGUCUUCAUCACGGGCUGUGACUCGGGCUUCGGGAACCUGCUGGCCAGGCAGCUGAUUGAUCGGGACAUGCGGGUGCUGGCUGCUUGUUUCACUGAGGAGGGAGCCCACAAACUUCAGCAAGAUACCUCCUACCGGCUACAGACCAUUCUACUGGAUGUCACCAAGACCGAGAGCAUCAAGGCAGCAGCUCAGUGGGUGAGGGACCAAGUGGGAGAGCAAGGCCUCUGGGCCCUGGUGAACAACGCUGGUGUGGGCGUGCCCAGUGGUCCCAACGAAUGGCUGACCAAGGAGGAUUUUGUGAAAGUGAUCAAUGUGAACCUGGUGGGACUGAUCGAAGUGACCCUACACAUGCUGCCCAUGAUCAAGAAAGCACGGGGCAGGAUUGUCAACAUGUCCAGCUCUGGUGGUCGUGUGGCUAUCAUUGGUGGUGGCUACUGCGUCUCCAAGUUUGGCGUUGAGGCUUUCUCAGACAGCAUCAGGCGUGAACUCCACUACUUUGGGGUGAAAGUCAGCAUCAUUGAGCCAGGAAACUAUCGGACAUCCAUUUUGGGCAAAGAGGGCAUGGAGUCACGCUUGCAGAAGCUGUGGGAUCGGCUGCCUCAGGAGACCCGGGAUAGCUAUGGAGAGGAGUACUUCUGUAUCUAUACUGACAAGUUAAAAAACAUGAUGCAGUUGGCAGAGCCAAGGAUCAGAGACGUCACCAACAGCAUGGAGCAUGCCAUUGUUUCCCGGAGCCCCCGCAUCCGCUACAACCCUGGCCUGGAUGCCAAACUCCUCUACCUCCCCCUGGCUAAGUUGCCCACCCCUGUGACAGAUUUCAUCCUGAGCCGGUACCUUCCAAGGCCAGCAGACAGUGUCUGAGCUGGGGAAGCCCAAGGGGUGGUCAGUGGGGUGUAGAGGAGGGGGCUGGGAGAAGGGACUUUGGGGUCACAAGAGGUGGCACCAGAUGUUCUGUGGAUACUGUGUUUGGCUGACACCCACUGCUGGCGAAUUUGUGGAUAACAUCUAACAGAAGAGAAGUGUCUCUUCCCAUUCACUGGGGCCCCACAGAAAUCUAAGGUAGCCUUUGCAAGUUCAAAGACCUGCAGCAUGGCCCCAGGGACACCUGUCACCCACUCAGGAAAUGACUUUUUCUGGACCUAGAAAAGUCAAGGAGAGGAAAACUAGCUCCUGCUGAAUCACGAGGCUCCCUCGGUUAUCAUGGCCACUGGGAAAUAGUGUGGCAUAAUCUAGCCCACAGGAGAAUCUCAACCACUUUCCUAUUGGGUCUCUAACUAUGCAUUAACCUCAUUCACAUAACCCAUUAUUUGAAGUAUGUAGUAAGGCAGACAGGGAGUACAAGAUUAUAUCAGACAGAAGUUUAUAAUAUUUUCUUUCUCUUUAGAAUUCUCUAUCCAUAGGUGAUUGGGUCCACAUGAAAUAGUGUUCAUUUAUUUAAUCAUCAUUGAUUAAUGCUUCAAGUAUUUAUUGAGUGCCUACUACAUACCAGGCACUGUGUAGGUGUUGGAAGGAUAUAACAUGAUUAAAUCAUGGUCUUGGCUUAUUUUGUGUUUUUGUUUUUUGGCACAAUAUCUAGUAGUAGAGAUAGGACAAACAGUGAUAGAAAAAACAGAAAUUAGAAAAUCAAAUUCUUAGGGGCCGGCCCCGUGGCUCAGGCGGUUAGAGCUCCCUGCUCAUAGCUCCGAAGGCUGCCGGUUCGAUUCCCA